CCCUGGACAUGUACCUCUGUUCGAAUCUCGCGCGUUUUCUGCCUGUUGAUCGUGGAUUGGCUCUCGGUUUGUUGUGGUUCAAGUGUUGACCCACUGGAUGGACCAAUCCCAUGGAUCUCAACGUUGAUCCAUCACAAUCUGUGGAUGAUCCUUGAUCCAUUGAGGAGAGAAACGCGUCGUUUGAGCGGUCAAACUUGAAAGGCCACUAAGCCCUACAUCCCUGCCGUCCUUGGUGGGUCUUUGGCCUUAUUCCUCAGCCUGAAAGCUUGCUGAGCCAUGCCAGCGCCUGGGAGUGGUCAGAGCCACCGCGAUCUGCACCGUGGGGGACGGCGACACGAGCGAUCGGAUUCGCGAUCCCGCGACCACGAUCAUCAUCGCCGAGAUCGAUCUGAUCCUCGGCGAGGCGUGCGCGAUCGUCGACGCCGAGAAGGCGGUCGUCGAGGCGGAUUUCGCGGCCGGGACGAGGAUGCCGACGAUGGGCGGAGGCCACGGCGCCGUCCUGCCCGCGAUCCAAGACGAGGUGGCGAUCGCGAUAUCGAGGAGAUUCGUUUGUCUAGUGGGUCGGAUUCGGAAAAUGGUGAUCACGGAGUGGAGGUCAUUUCUGAGGACGAAGAGGCCAUCGAGGCCCAGGCCGUGGCCUUACUGGAGGACGACGGCUGGGAUGAAGAGGAUGAGGCCGAGCGACGAAUCCAGGAAUUGAGGAUGAAGCGACAGAAGUUGAUGAAUCAAUUGGAAAAGUCCGGAACCGCCUUGGUGCAACCCAACCCGAAGGCCACCCAGGACACGGGAGGCGAUUCUUUUAAGAGCGAGGACCCGUACUACAGCGAGAUGAAGGCGGAAGAGGAAGGUCAAGAUGGGGUCAAGUGGAAGACGGCCAAGAGUCGAUCCGCUUCCCAAGUGGACAUGUUUGCGCUCGAGGACAACAAUGCUUUGGUGAAGCCGCCGGAUAUGAGUGGCACCACGCAAGAUGGACUGGAGAACCCGCAUUUAACCGAUAAUUGGGAUGAUGCUGAGGGCUACUAUCGAGUUCAGACCAGCGAGGUCCUGGACACUCGCUAUCAAGUGUUCGCCUACACUGGCCAGGGCGUGUUCUCGAACGUGGUUCGAGCCCGUGAUUUGGCCAAAGGUGGUCGAGAAGUGGCCAUCAAAAUCAUCCGGAACAAUGAGAUCAUGCACAAGGCCGGAUUGAAAGAGCUCGAGAUGCUCCGGCGAAUCAACGAGGCCGACCCGGAUGACAAAUUCCACUGCCUCCGGCUCUAUCGCAAGUUCUUUCACCGGCAACAUUUGUGUUUGGCGUUCGAGUCGCUAUCCAUGAAUCUGCGGGAAAUCCUCAAGAAAUACGGCAAACACAUCGGGAUCAAUAUUAAUGCGGUCCGAUCCUACGCCCAACAACUCUUGCUCGCUCUCAAGCAUUUACGCCGAUGCAAUGUCAUCCACGCCGAUAUCAAGCCGGACAAUAUCCUGGUUAACGAGACCAAGUCCAUCCUGAAGUUAUGCGAUUUUGGAUCGGCCUCUCACGUGGCCGAUUCCGAGAUCACGCCCUAUCUCAUUUCGCGGUUCUAUCGGGCGCCGGAAAUUAUUCUCGGGCUAAAGUACGACUUUGCCGUGGACCUGUGGAGCUUUGGCGCCACCAUCUACGAGUUAUUCACAGGGAAAAUCAUGUUCCCGGGUCAUUCCAAUAACGAGAUGUUGAAGCUCUUCAUGGAGUUGAAGGGCAAAGUCCCGAACAAGUUGAUCAAACGAGGCAUGUUCAAGAACAACCACUUCGACGACUCGUGCACGUUCAUGUUCUUGGAGACGGACAAAGUGACGCAACGAGACAAGACCGUGGCCAUGCCCGUGGUUCACAAGACCCGCAAUUUGAGCAAGGAGCUUUUUGGCGAAGAUCAAGUGACCAAUGAGCAGAGUGCCAAGAUCGUUCAACUCGCGGAGUUCUUGGACAAGAUACAUACGAUUGAUCCGAUGAAAAGACCCUCAAUUGGAUGGUGUCUAUCACAUCCGUUCAUAAUAGAGCGGUGAACUGUUUUUUUCUUGACACACAUGAAUGUUAAUUGAAAGUAUAACUAAUGUAUGCUGUCCACAUAUUA